UUUAAUGAAGGAUAAUGAGAUUUGUGACACAAUGUGAUUUUUUUCACAGCGUGUAGCGUGUCAAGCAUUAUUUCAGCAUGAAAUCGCUAACACGCUUGGUAAUAUUGCUGCUAGCUGUUUGCAUCUGUUUUGUAUUCGUUGGCGUGAAUCUUUUGUACCUCAAACCAAAACUGUAUAAUGGAUUUGGAAGUCAAACUAGUGCCAUGAACUUAGUGUAUGUGAAGCAUAAGCCGUCCACACAGUUUGAAACCAGGGGUGACAUUAUCUCUAGAAGCACAGAAACCAAAAUUGAAGCAGAUGCCAGUGUACCACAUCUUUACAGAGGUUCACUUCGCAAUCCUUGGAGUAGUAGAUUUCACGAAAUUGUGUUAGCUGUUGUCGCAUGUGGAGAUCGUCUAGCUGAAACUCUAGUGGUGAUAAAAUCAGCAAUACUAUUCACUAAAUCACCAUUGAAAUUCAUUGUGGUUGCAGAUGAUCAUCUUAUUCCUAGUUUCAGAGAGAAACUCAAUGAAUGGCAAAAUCUGGUCAAUAACUCAUUUUCAUAUGAAUUACACCAUAUCACAUUCCCCCUGAAGGGAGAUACUAGUGAGUGGAGACGUUUAUUCAAACCUUGUGCAGCUCAAAGAUUAUUUCUGCCUACAGUUCUGAGCCACAUUGAUGCUCUUUUGUAUGUGGAUACAGAUACCUUAUUUCUUGGACCAUUAGAGGAUGUGUGGAGACACUUUGAACUUAUGAAUUCAUCUCAGAUAGCAGCUUUAACUCCUGAACAUGAAGAUCCAAAUACUGGCUGGUACAACAGAUUUGCCAGGCAUCCAUAUUAUGGAAAACUAGGAGUCAACUCUGGUGUUAUGUUAAUGAAUCUUACCAGGAUGCGCACUUUCCGGUGGACAGACUAUGUUGUACCAAUAUAUAAAGAAUACAAACUGAAGAUAACAUGGGGAGAUCAAGACAUUAUAAACAUAAUAUUCCACUUUCACCCAGAUAAACUGUACGUAUACCCAUGUCGGUAUAAUUAUCGUCCAGAUCACUGUAUGUACAUGAGUGUGUGCCAUAGUGCUGAUAAGGAAGGUGUUGCUGUACUGCAUGGAAGUCGAGGGAGCUUUCACUCUGAGAAACAACCACCUUUCCAUGCACUCUAUACUGCAAUGGAAGAAUAUCAGCUGGGGACAGAUCCUCACACAAAUCUUUAUUUACCCAUUAAGAACUACUUGGAACUAGCGUCAUCAUCAAACUGUGUAUUACACAAAGAAACAUUACUAACAGCUGUGUACGUGCAUUUUAUGGAUACCUAUUCUGAAGUCGUGGAAACUGAGGCCUAUGCUGUAUAUAAUUGUACACAGUGUGUGACCUAUGAGAAUGAUAUAUCCACAUUUAUUGUGCACUUCAGAAUGAACACUGAAAACUAGCUAGUAGUGCUAAAUAAAGUACUAAUUUAAAAUAACAGCCUGCUGAAAAGUCUGUUCAUUACAUAAAUUUUAUUUUUAUGUAAUGUCUGUUCACCUCACUAUAUUGCUUCACUUUUUUCAAUAAAGUGAUUUUGUGGUUUCUUCUAAUAAAUUUAAUUCAUUUCAAGACUUAUUCAUUCUCCUUUCUGCCCAACAAAUAAAUUACAUUAAUACAUAUGUUGCAUUCACUAACAUAUAGCUAGUAACAUAAAACUGUAGUAAAUACAUAAUAAGCUUUCCAGCAAAUAGAGAGCAUUAAAUGGGAUGUAUUUGUGAAACAUUUUAAUCCAAUAAUAAGUGAGCAUGUGCACAAAACAGGGUGGCAUAUGGACUAUACUCCCAUUUCACAUUUUAGAUUUUGGGCUGGUGGUGCACUCCCAAGAGGUGGACAGUGAAAGGGUUGAAAUAUGUCUUCAGAUAUUGUCAUGGAUUAAGGAGAGGACCAGAUUAGUGAGAAUACAGAGAACUGGUGUACAAGGAAGAAAAAGUAGACAGA